AUACACUAAACCAUAGAGCACUCACAAAAUCUAAGUUGAGGUGUGAAAAUAUGUCUCUCUCACUAAGAUGUGCAUUCUCUCAUAUACUCAUCCUCGUAGGUUCAUUUUCAAUAUUCCUAGUGACCCCUUUCUCUUGUUUUAGUCCUAACAAGGUUGUUAAUGUUACUUCAUCUAAUUAUGAUUGGUCACCUUCAGUGGCCACUUGGUAUGGACCUCCCACCGGAGAUGGAAGUGAAGGUGGUGCUUGUGGAUAUGGAAGUGCUGUUGGACAACCUCCAUUAUCUUCGAUGAUAGCAGCCGGAAGCCCUCUCAUCUAUCAAUCGGGCAAAGGCUGUGGUUCUUGUUAUGAGGUAAAAUGUACCGAAAAUCCAGCAUGUUCAGGAAACCCUGUCACUGUUGUAAUAAGUGAUGAGUGUCCAGGCUGUGGAUCAGACGGUCAAUAUCAUUUUGAUUUGAGUGGCAAAGCUUUUGGUGCUAUGGCAAUUUCAGGUCAAGAUGAAAAUCUACGCAAUGCUGGGAAAAUAUCCAUUCAACAUAGAAGAGUUCCAUGCAACUACCCUGGUAUGUCAAUAGCUUUCCACGUGGACUCUGGAUCUAACCAAGAAUAUUUUGCUACCGCGAUUGAAUAUGAAAAUGGGGAUGGUGAUCUUAAACAAGUUGAACUUUUGGAAGCAUUUGCCAAAUCUUGGGAUACAAUGACACAAUCAUGGGGUGCUGUUUGGAAAUUUGAUAAAGGGUCACAACUAAGAGCGCCAUUUACUAUUAGGCUAACCACAAUUGAGUCUGGUGAGACAUUUGUAGCAAAGGAUGUGAUUCCUGUGGGUUGGAAUCCUGGUCAAACUUAUAGAUCAGUUGGGAAUUUUUAUUAAGCUUAAAAUGUAUGUUUCAUUAAUAAUUCGACAGUCACCAAAAGUGGACUUAGCAUUGUCUUCUAUAAUCAAUUAAUUGAGAUUCAAAUAAUGUUUGUUAAUAUGUUAA